AUGUUGGUUAAAAGUCCGUUUGUUUGGACUCAAAAUGGAAUCAAGGUCAUCCCAAAGCCAAGCUGCGGACAGUGUCUGUGUGCGUCGCCGGAGAAGGUGAGAGUGGUGGUAAAGGUAAAGCCGAUGGUGAUUGGGAGGCCGAGAGUGCUGUUGAAGUUCAUCUGGACGGAGACUAAACUUGGAAUAGCCAUGGAGCAGGUGAUUCCAGGAUCACGAGGCCACACCAAUACCAUUCCGCUCACCCCUUACUAUUACUUCUGGCAGGGGAAAGAGGAUGGUGAUGAUGCCUGGGACGAGGAGCUCCUGCGGCGGCCAUGGAUUUCCAACAAACACAUGCUGCUAUUGGUUAAUCAAGCCAAGGUUCUCAUCAAUUUGUGGCGCAACAUUGAUUGA